AGCGACAACGUGCCGCGUCCGCCGCUCCGAUUGGUCGGCUGCCGAUCGCGAGUGUCUCCCCACUUCCGGCGCAUGUGCGCAAGGCGACGUCAGCUGAUUAGUGCCGACUGAUGACAAACAACGCGGCGGGCCGAGAGCGCUUGCCCAGUUGGCUCGCCGCAGCUCGUCGGAUUCGGAGAGGAAGAGGACGACGCGAGAGGGAGAUCGAAUUUGGUGGCCGAGGUGUUUGACUCCCUAAGGUACACGUGCUUCUAAUUCUCGCCCACCGCUUCAGAGUCCAUCGCAGCCCGCGACAAACAAUGCGCCUGGUGGCUCUUCUGAGCGUAGCAAUCGUUCUCUCGCUCUCCGCGCGAUCGGCGGGAUCCUGGCACGUGAAAACAAAACAAAUAUCGCCCGUUAUUUUAGUUCCAGGUGAUGGGGGCAGCCAGGUCGAGGCAAGGAUCAACAAGUCGUCGGUGGUGCACUACAUCUGCGAGAAACUAUCCAACGAUUACUUCAAUCUAUGGCUGAACAUGGAGCUGCUCGUGCCGGUCGUGAUAGACUGCUUUAUCGAUAAUCUUAAAUUGAAUUACGACAAUGUAACGAGAACUACCAGCAAUCAACCUGGAGUGGACAUAAGGAUCCCAGGAUGGGGCGAUCCGUUUGUGGUCGAGUACAUAGAUCCCAGUAAAGCCUCGCCAGGCUCGUACUUCAAGGACAUCGGGAAUACGCUGGUGAACGAUUUGGGAUACGUCAGGAACUUGUCGCUACGCGGCGCGCCCUACGACUUCAGGAAAGGACCUAGCGAGAGCGAGGAGUUCUUCACCAAGCUGAAAGCCCUGGUCGAGGAAACGUACACAAUGAAUAAUAACACGCCAGUGACGUUGCUGGCUCACAGCAUGGGCGGACCUAUGACCCUCAUAAUGUUACAACGUCAGAGUCAGAAGUGGAAGGAUAAAUAUAUCAAUACCCUCAUCACGCUUAGCGCCGUCUGGGCAGGAUCUAUCAAGGCUAUCAAAGUGUUUGCUAUUGGAGACGACUUGGGCGCGUAUUUUCUUCGUGAAAGCGUACUAAGAGACGAACAGAUAACGAGUCCAAGCCUGGGAUGGCUGUUACCCUCGAAACUAUUUUGGAAAGACACCGAGAUCUUGGUGCAAUCGGAUCAGAAAAAUUACACGUUGAACAAUUUACAACAAUAUUUUAUCGACAUAGACGUUCCCAAUGCUUGGGAAUUCAGGAAGGACAACGAGAAGUACCAGUCGGAUUUUACAGCGCCAGGUGUUGAAGUACAUUGUUUAUACGGCAGCAAAGUGAACACUGUAGAAAAAUUGUAUUAUAAGCCCGGUACAACUAUAAAUGGUUAUCCUCAGUUAAUAUUUGGGGAUGGCGACGGGACGGUGAACAUAAGGAGCUUGGAAGCGUGCACACAUUGGCAGACAUCACAGAAACAAAAAAUUUAUAAUCAAGGUUUCCCCGGAGUAGAUCACACGAAUAUCUUGAAGAAUUCUGACGUUUUAACAUAUGUCAAGACAAUUUUAAAAGUAUAACAUGAUUUUUAUUAGUAAGAAGAUGCAAAAGGAUAUGACAGAUUAACGUAAUUAAAUUCUGUUAAUACUUUUGCUUGAUAAUCUUAACUUUUAUAUAAAUUGAUAUUCAAAAUACAAUAUUGUUACACUCGCAUUGUGACAGUCCCUAGGUUCGAACAGAAUCGAAUUGCUAAUUGGUUGUUUGUGUACGGACGUCUUCGUGAUUUUGCGUUGAAUUGUACCAGUUCCGUUUUGCAAGAUUUGUAAUUUCGCUGCUGAUAAACGUGCUUGUUCCUUCGAACUGAGAGUUUUCGCUUCUCUACACGAACGGGAGUGUGCGGGCGCGAUCAUGCAUAAGCGAGUGAGUCUCGGGCGCAACAAUGUAAAAUGAUAACAAAAUUGAAAUGAGGUUUUCUUAUCUUAACGAAGUAAUUUCGUUUAUAUUUUCAACAAUUUAUUAAAAAGUACGACACUGUAA